CUUAUAGAAACUCUGGAAAAACAAAUUAAACUAAACAAAAAAAGGAGUGAGACGUUUUGAAACACCAUUUAUCUUAGCGUGAAGUUGAAAAAAGUGUGUGUGUGCGUACGUACGUGUAAGGAAAAAAACGUACACAUGAGACCUAGAAACGUACACAUAUCAUAGGCGUGUACGGUUUUCUGGAGUUUGAAGUGUACAUAGACUGCCAAACACACACACACACACACACACACACACACACACAGUCAUGUUGGUGUACACAUUAGUAAUUCUCCUCUUCUCUUCCACUACAGGAGCGAGGAACUUACUGGGACGCGUGGAGGUGCCGCAGUUUGCCUUUGAGGGGGAGAAAGCGACUCUAAGAUGCACGUUCAAUCUGCGAGCCACGCGUCUGUACUCCCUCAAAUGGUACCACAACAACACAGAGUUCUAUAGAUACGUGCCCACUGAGAGGAAGAGGCAUUUCACACUCCAGUCCUCCUCUGUGUUCUCUGUAACGGAGGUGUUCCGAAGCGAGAGAGAGGUAGUGGUGUCCUUGGGGAAGCUACGAAGAGGCUCCUCAGGGCACUAUAGAUGUGAAUUAAUAGCAGAACACCCUUCCUUUCGUACAGAAGCAGCGGGGGCCUUCAUGACUGUGCUUGCAGAGACCCUUGGCCCGCCCGUGUUGGUGGGGGGCCGCGAGAUCUAUGAACCAACAGAGGUGAUCAAGGUGGGGUGUCAGGCCAGAGUGUCUUCCCAGCCCGCUCCGAGACCUUCCCUUCAGUGGCUCAUUGAGGGAAGAAAGGUGGAUGACAGGUGGAUACGCCCCUACGCCACGCCGCACGGACACCACGGCAUCGCUCUCCACGUCCCUGGCCGCCUCGUGGCGGAGGAGGGAGGCACCAUGCGAGCAGAGUGCCAGGCUACUCUUGGCACCCACCGACACAGUGCCUACAAGGUGCUCCGAGUGAGGGUCAGACUCAUCUCCUACCUGGAUGAUUACUACUCCACAGGCACCACUGUUCAUACGUCUGGCAGCCUCGUCACCACUACUGUUGCUGCUGCAGUUGUCGUACUGAAGUUUCCUUAGGCGAAGAGGGAAGAGGAAGAGGAAAAGAAGGAAGAGGAAGAGGAGGAAGAAAAGAAGGAAGGAGAAGGUAAAGAAGAAGAAAUAACAAGAGUAAUAAAAAUAACAACAUAGA